AUGAUAAAUCACCUCAAAAGAUUAAUAAACCCAACCAAAACAAUAAAAUAAUCCUUCAUAAAUUUCGCCACAACUCCCCCACAUUAAUAAAAAUUACAAGAAAAUAUUAAAGAUGAUAACGAUGAUGUCCAUACCCAACGUUAUUUAGAAUAAUUAAAAUUAGAAACAUAAGGAGAACCCAUUUAUCCCGAAUAAGAAUAAAAAGAAAUAAAAAAAGAAUUCAGCAAAUAUAUAUUUAACAGUGCUUAUAAUGCCAUUUAAUUAUCCCUAGAUGAUUGCAAUAUAAUAAAUAUAGAAAAUGAAUCUACAUUUCACCGAGUUCCUAAACUUCAGCAUGAAUUGGAAAAUGUUGUACAUUAUCCAGGUAUUUAUUUUAUGGAUGAAAUAGCCAAAAUAUAAAAAGACUAAGGAAAGUUUUUGAGAAAUAUUCCUUAGCCAGAUGAGAUUGAUUUUGACAAAAUUCCGCUUUAUAUACCCCCUUCUAAUGAUUAGCUUUUGCUAGAUUUUGCGAAAAAAAGCAAUAUUAAAUAUGUUGUGAGUACUUCUACUAUUUCUUCUGCACUUACUUAGAUUUAUUAUAUGUUUUCGGGUUUUAGGAAUCCUUUGUAUGAUAAUAUAUCGAGUAAUUAUGAAAAUGAACCGAAAAAAUAUAUGAUUUCUUAAAGAAAACCAACCACAAAUUAUUUAAGAAGACUUGAUAAGGAAAAAGGUAUUUACGCUUUUGAUUCUGAUUCUGGAAUUUUCGAAGCACCGAAUAAAAUUUUAAUGGAUUUAGGUAAAAUACUUGAAAAAUAACUAACUUUGGAUGAACAAACAUUCAAAGACGCUCUUUUGAAAACUUCAACUAAAAAUAUUUUAAUAGAAGAUGAUCAUCAUAGAUUUAUGAAACUAAACGGAGAUAUUUGUUUGAGAUCUUAAAUUGAUUGCACAGCAAUUUCAAAAGAAACAAACUAACCAAUUGUAUUUGAAAUAAAAACAAGAGCUUCCUGUCCUAUAAGAUAUGAUUUGGAAAAUUAUAAGGAUUAUUUAGACUAUAGAAUAGUUUAAAAAUACGGAAUACAUUCUUCUUUUGAAAGAGAGUAUUAUGAUUUAAUAAGAGGAGGUUUUCUAAAAUAUUGCUUUUAGUUAAAAAUAGGGAGAAUGGAUGGUGCGUUUAUCGCUUAUCAUAAUACAUUAGAAAUGUUUGGGUUUGAAUAUGUGAAAACUACUGAAAUAGAAAAUCGAAUUUUCGGGAAUACGCUUUUUGCAGAUGCUUCAUUUGUUAUUUGUUCAAAAAUUUUAACUAAUUUAUUAAAUUUAAUUUUGGAUGAUUUACAUAAUGAAAAUUUUGAAAUGUUAAAAAUUGGUAUUUACUGCGAUUAACCGUCUAAAAAAAUUGUCGUUUUUAUAGAAUUAUUUGAUAAAUAAACACCUUGGUCAGAUAAAAAAUCUAUGUAAAAAACGAAAGAUAUUUGCGAUGAAUUUGAUUAUUUUACCAAGGUUGAAAAAUUUGAAAAUACAGUCUAUAAGUAUGAGUAUUAGAUUUUCCCGUUUAUUAAUGGAAUUUAGGCUAAAUCCAAUAAUUAUUUUCUUUAAAUGGGAGAUUUGAUAGAUGUAAAAUAUAAAUUUAAGAAAAUAGGUAAGGCUAGCUUUAAUGAUUAUAUGAACUUCUUGCAUGAUGCAUAUAAAUUUGAUACUAUUAAUCUUGAUUUGAGUUAUAGUGGAGUUUGGUUAAAAUGA